CGUACUGAAGGUGUAAAUAAGGAGUGUACAUGUAUCGGGUAUAUGGUAACCGUGGAUGACCUAAGCCCCUAUAGAAGUCGAAUAUUUGGAAGUAACAGAUCAAGCAGGACGAUUAACCCUACCAUUUGCUAUGUCGAAAAAGUGUGAAUCGAUCGUUCCUCCAUAUUCCUUGGUCAAUAACGUUCUGACAAACAACUCUACACUCCAAGUGUCCAAGGGUCAAACAGAUGUGGGCACAGUCGUAAAGCUGCGAUGUCUAUACAAUUAUACCCUUCAGGCAGAGAGUGAGACAGUCGUGUGCCAGGAAAACCAACAGUGGAACUUUACAACCAAACCAAAGUGUGUGCCCCCUGUGAAACCUGCGGUAUUCUCGACUCUUACUGAGGAACAAAAGAUCAUCCUGGGUGUAGGUGGAGGAGUUGGAGGACUCGUUCUCAUUAUCCUCAUUGUUAUGACCAUCCUCAUUUGUCUGAAGAAAAGGUCACAAGACAGAAAAACUAGACAGGGGGAGAUAAGCAGUGACGGAACGUUGGAUCCCAGGGUGUUGGGGGAAAUCACGGACUAUCCACAACGCUAUCCGUACAUUUACGCCGAAGACUUCCGGAAUGGUGACUACGGACGAGGUAUCGGGAACCCGAACUAUCGCCAGGAUCUUGACAUUGCGGAUCCAAGGAUGGAAUACGUGAGAGAAAUACCUGUUGACAGGAAUGGUCUCGAUGUGAGGCCUUCGAUGGGUUAUGACACGCUAUACACUGGCGGGCCCGUGGAUGACCUCCGUGGCGACACCCGUGACUAUGUGAACCGUUCUGAUCACCCGCAGAGGGAUUUAGAUGACAGAAGACUUCCGGUCACUAACGCCGUGAGAAUGUUCGAGGAAUAUGGCCGACCGAGCAGAGUGCGCAUGCUCGAAGAGGCCUACGAGUUACAGCGACCAUACCGGCUACGGCCCGAAAGACUCAACCACGGACUCAGAGCUUUUACUUCUCGAUCGGCCGAAACGUACGGACUGAGGGGAGAAGACCCUACAAGAUAUUAUGGCGGAUUUUACAACUGAUACCACUGCCUCAGGUAGCGUGCCUGCCUAUCCGCAAUGCCGGUAGUGGAAUCGAUAGGAAAAGGUGGAGGAACGGUAAUAAAGAAAAAAAAACAACCACAUAGUUUCUUCUGUUUUGAUAGGUCUGGGGUUGGCUACCAAUACAUGGAGGCCUACGUAUAUCCGUUCUAUAUGUGUAAUAUAAUAUAUUUAUGUUGUCGAAUGCGGGCGCUGUUGAUCGAAUGGCAUAAUGUACAUGGAUUAUUGAACAUUAAAACGAAUACGGGUCUUUUAAUAACAACCUCAAUUUCAUCAUGCUGUAUGCCUGUAUAAUCACUUCUGAUGUACAUGUGUAUUUGUAUAUGUGGUUGAAGAUGACAGUAUGUCAAUGGUUUAUGUCAACUCAUCCGAGGACGGUGCUUUUUAAUCGUUUGCCUGUGACAUACUCACACUGCCUUAUACAAAUGGUAUGAAACUAACAUUGUAAGUGUAAAAGUUCAUGUCAUUGUUUGUUGUUUUGCGUGUUACGUUUUUUUUUUCUCUUUUGUUGUUGUAGCUAUGUAUAAAAUGAUGAAAAUUCGAUGUACUGAUUGGCUUUUCUGUUAAAAUAUUAUUUAAAAGUUUAAAUAAGCACUUAGCUGGAGUAGAACAUUAGAGUGCUCUUGUCAACAUCUAAUCUAACGUCCUAUAUCAUAGAAAACUUUAUACGCAGUGAUAUAUUGACAUUAUUAUUUUGUUGUUGUUUCUUCGUUUGU